AGUAAACAUUGCUGUGUUAGACAUGGCGGAAGAGGCUUUCACUUUUCAUUGAUAAAACCACAACAUGGAGCUUUUCGAGGCUAGAGAUCACUACAUAAUUCAAGAAGGAGACAACAGCCUCUGGUGCAGCCGUUUCGAUGGAUCUCUGGUCGCAAAAACAGGUUCAGACAUAGUUAAUGCAUGGAACCCAGUAUGCUUAGGACUGGUUCACGGGGUCAUUGGAAAGUUCAGAAUAUUGCCAGAUUCAGACUGGAGGUUGAUGCUGAUCCAGGAGCGCCACCUGGUGGGACAGCUGUACCGAGUUCAUGAUGUCUACAGGAUCACCAAGGUGUGCAUUGUGCCACUCACACCUGAGGAACCAGGGGAGUUGGACCUACAGUUGUGUAAGAAACACCACUUUGGGAUAAAGAAGACCAGCCGCAUUGCCAGCACACUUGAUCAGCAACAGAAAACACUGACCAAAACAUGGAACCAUCUCAAGUCUGUCGCAGGCCACGCCUCAAGGAAUAAAAAGAAAGAAGUGAAGGACAGAGAAAGGUUUGAGAGGAAGGUAACUGAGGAGAUCUUAAAGAUGUUCAAUGAGACGGACUCCUUCUACUACAGCAGCAGCACAGAUCUGACCAGUUCUCUCCAGAGGCAGCACGGUUCUGCCUACAACACUGCCGACCCACUGUGGAAGAGGGCAGACCUGAGGUUCUUCUGGAACAGGGCAAUGCUGGAGGAACUGGUCAAUUCUCUGGAGCCCCUUUCUGAUCACUGGAUAGUUCCAGUCACCCAAGGCUACAUCCAGAUCUCUCAGUGCCAGAUGGUGAAUGAAAACGAGAUGAGCACCUUUUACACCAGCCAUAAGGAUAUGAUGAGGGAUGCGCCCCAGUACACCAUGACAAUCAUCUCACGAAGGAGCAGGCACAGGGCAGGUACGCGUUUCAAGAGGCGAGGUGUGGACGAGAGUGGGGCUGUGGCAAAUUAUGUGGAGACGGAGCAGAUAAUCGAGUACCUUCCCCAUGUGGUGUCAUUUGUCCAGGUGCGAGGGUCCAUCCCAGUGUACUGGAGCCAAUCAGGAUACAGAUAUAGACCCCCGCCAAGGCUGGACAGAGAUGAGUCAGAAAGCCAGAAAGCCUUUGCCACUCACAUGAAGGAGCAGUUGGACAUUUACCAGAAGGUGUGCGCAGUCAACUUGGUGGACCAAGGAGGCAGAGAGAAGGUCCUGGCAGAUGCUUUCCUCCGCCAUGUCUUGUUGUACAAUUCUAAAGAUGUGACCUAUGUCUCCUAUGCUUUUCAUGACUAUUGUCGAGGUAUGCGUUUUGAGAAUGUAUCUAUCCUGACAGACAAUCUCCAAGACAUUAUCAAAGACAUAAGAUACUGCUGGGUGGAUCCUAAUGGUAUGAUCUGUGAGCAGAGAGGGGUGAUCAGAGUCAACUGUGUAGACUGUCUGGACAGGACUAAUGUGGUGCAGACGGCCAUUGCACGGAUUGUGUUAGAGACGCAGUGUCGUAAGCUUGGACUCCUCCUGCCAGAGGAAGAUCUGCCCACAGAGUGUAGACUGGUAUUUCAGCAGAUGUGGGCAAACAAUGGAGACACCAUCAGCAGACAGUAUGCUGGCACUGUGGCUCUCAAGGGUGAUUACACUCGGACUGGAGAGAGGAAGUUUACAGGGGUUAUGAAAGAUGGCAUGCAUUCAGCUAACAGAUAUUUCCAGAAUCGUUUCAAGGAUGCCUAUCGCCAGGCCACCAUAGACAUCCUCCAGGGUUUGAAGGUGACAGAGGACCUGAGCGCGCUGAACAAGGCAGGACCCGAGGAUGAUAGCAGCUUCCUACAGGAGAAGGAGGAGUAUGUCAAGGUGAUGAUAGACCAGAGCAAGAAGCUCCUGUUGUCUGAUGAUCAAGACUGUCUUGGUGGCUGGGCUCUUAUUGAUAUGGAGAACAGUGACUCAGGGCAAACUGAUAUGGACACCAUAUUGUUGUUGACUCAGACACAUUUCUAUGUUGCAAGUUAUGAUGAUGAGGCGGAGAAAGUGACCCAGUUUCAGAAGAUUCCACUGGAUAGCCUGCUCAGCAUUGAGAUUGGUCCUGAGCCAGCCGUGUUGAAGUCCAAGUUCCAGUGUAUCCGCUUUAACUACCGAAACCAACAGCAGAAUUAUAGCUACACUUUUAGAUCCACCAAUAGCAGGCUGUUUAACAACAUUGUCAUAGCAGUGACCAAUCAAGACGAGGCUAAAGAAUCUUUCCGAGCAAUUGCUCAAACAUUUGCUGCUGCAAUUGGUCUUACUGGCAGGCAGUUGAUAAUAAUGGAUAAGAAACUGGAGAGGAAGAAAUAUAAGCCCCACCCUGGAGUGACUGACAUCUCAUCUCGGGUGCAGACAACUGCUUUUUCCAGACUCUCUCUUCCCAGGGAUGCCUCAGCCAAACUCCUUGAUAACAUCGUGGUAGGUCUGGGAGACAGGAUGUCCAGCGCUAGGAGGACUUUUAGCACGCUGAAUCCUGUCCACCAUAUUGCAAAAUUACCAUACAAUCUCAAAAUCCCCGUGAAGGGGAUGAAGCUGCCUCAUAUUUUAUCUCGGGAACAAUCGAUAGACAAAGAACAGAGGAAAGGAACAGACGACAACAAACAGGAUGAAUUGAGGCCAAAUUUUGAAAUUUCUGGAGAGUCUGAAGGCAGCGCCGAUGAGCUGUCAGCAAGUGUUGUGUCGUCACCAGAGGAUGACCUUGAACUUGAAGCUGUGGAGCCAGACAGUGCUGUUUUGCCCAGCUGUGGAAUCAUAGUGGCCUCUCCAAGACAAGCUGUUAGCUCAAUGAUGAGAUCAAGGACACUUUCAGUGGCAGAUGACCCAGAUCCAAAAGAAGUCAUAUCUCAUAUGUCACGAUCAAGGUCAAUCAUUAGACCAGAUAGUUCAAAAUCUAAACAUCGUCUUUCUAAAGUUCUAUCUCGUUCAGCAGAAGCCAUUGUCUUUGUAGAGAAUCACUAUGGUUCACCAGAGUCUGAGAAGUCUGAAAUUAAACGAUUUCCUAGUGCAUCUCAAAGAACUGGGCAUACAUUUUCUAACUGUGGGAAAGAAUUGGAAAACCCAGCAUUUGAGGAUGGUUUUGAAAGCUCUGAUGAGGACCAGAGGGAGGAUAAUGGAAUGGCAUCAGCUAAACUCCCAGAUUCCUACAGUCAGGAUGGGGCACUUAAUGCAAAAAGAGAUCGACUUUAUCACCCAGUCAUGAAAACCUCUUUUAGUGAUGGAGCAAUUGUUUAUGAUGUUGAAAGCAACCAUCUUGCCCUGAAUGCUCUAACAAACAAGACUUCUGAUGCUGUGUUGCCUAGCAACCAGCCACAGGAGGGGAAUACAUCAGCAUUUUCUAGAUUGAAAACAAAAAUGUUAAAUGUGAAACUGACUGGUCUGCCCUCUCCAAAAAUCAAAUCUAAACAGUUCCUGACAAAAGAAUCGGAAAGGAAAAGAAACAUGUCUGAUCGAAAGUUCCAGAACUAUAAAACAACGAUCAUAGAACUAUAAGAUUAUGAGUAGCAGUUUGAAACUUUGAAAUAAUUUGCAAGAUAACGUAUGAAGUGUGAAUGUUAAGUUACUGUUUGGUUUUAAAGAAUUUGUUUGGCGUCAAAAAGAAAAAAAAUGUAGAUUCAUUAUAUGUAUCUCAAGUUCUCUUCCAAAAAAGGCCUGUAUGCUGACAUAUUGUAUGUAAAAAUAGAUUGUUGAAAAUGUUAAAGAAAACUUGGGUAUACGUAUACAGUGAUACAAAUGUAAGUUGUAGAAAAAACUGUGAUUCUUGACCUAAUGUUUUGACAGUUUAGACACAAGUUUUAAGUAAUUGGCUUUCAUAAACUUGAGUGUUAGUUCUGGGCCAGUCCACACAUAUCUGUGAUUUCAGCUUGGUGUGUUGGUUAAUAGGGAUGUUUGUGUUGGUUAAUUGGGGUGUUUGUGUUGGUUAAUGGGGAUGUUUGUGUUGGUAGCAUUGUGCUGCUGUAUAUGAUAAGACAAAUGUAAAUUAUAAUGGUCUGAAAUUCUGAUUGUAAAUGCAUUUCUGUACAUUGAAAAAGAUUUGAGUCAGUCUUCUGUCCACAGUACAUGUGUCCACAGACAUCCAGUGCAUAUGAGUGUGUGAGUGUGUGCGUAUGCUAGUGUGUAUGAGUAUGUGCAUAUUUGAGUGUGUUCGUGUUGUAUGUAUGUUUGUAUGUUUUCAGAACAACUGCCAUUCAUAGACUGCUUUAUGCUCAGUGUUUUCUGUUGAUAUUAUUAGUGACAGUACCACAAAUACUUGUAUAUGGUACUCAAUGAAAAUGGAUCUCUGUCUGUAUACAUGGUAUGUAUACUGUUUGUGAAAGUUUAUUUUAACUAUUAAAAUGGUUCAUUUGUCUGGCUUGAGGUGUUUAUAGAAAUGUAUAUUAGUUACUGGUAUCUUUCAUCACAAGCAAUCAAGUGUUCAUUUCAUUGCAAUAUGUAUCUACUUCUGCUUUUCCUAUUUUGUUAGUUUGCCUUUAACCCAAGCCUUCAUUUUCCACCCAGCUUUAAUAACUUUGUCUAUUUAACCAGUACAUGUGUGUGUGGGCAUAAGCAUGAGCUGACGCACAAAAAUGGAUCCUUAUGUAGGGUGGCUCCCAUUAAUUUUUAUCACAAAACAAAAAUGUUGGGCAUAAACAUUUAAUUGAAUAAAUUAUUUUACUGUCUGAGGUACAUUUGGAUUAUAAAACUCGAAGUGGAAUUUUUGUUUAGAAACUCCUGGUAUAUUGUGUUUUACCAUCCUUCAGUAAAUUGGCUAUUACUCUAGCUUAUGAUGGGAGUCUAUCAUGCUUUAAAUUCUUGUCUUUCUCUGCUCAAUGUAUAUAUGUACUUGGGUAAUGCUGUACUAAAGUACGUGUUUAUGUGUGUGUGUGUGUGCAGUAUUGGCCCCUGUGUAUGAUCUCAAAUUUUUAGUAAUUUUAUCAGCUACUGGUACAAUUAACUUUUAUGUAAUUGUCAUAAACACUGAAGACAUAAAACUCAAGUCUUUAUUUUGAUACAAAAUUGCCCCUGAUGUCUUUGAUUUUGAUAUACUGGUAUAUGAGUAUGAUCAAGUAUUUAGAGAUAUUUUCUUAUAGUUUGUUUAGAUACUGUGUUACAAUGGCAGUAAGGUACAUACUGGUAGUUAGAGAUUUUCAUUCAUUUAUGGUCUUAAUAUAUACUUAUGGGCAAAAUACUCAUUUGAACUUUGACUUAUAAUCUAACUGGGUAAUAUAAACUACUUAAUUUAAUUGAUUUUUACAGAGUUGUUUUGUUGUACAUUUUUUAAUUUUUUUAAAAUUAAGGUGUAUCCAUGCCUUUUGUAGUUAUGUUUUAAUUUUUUUAAUUUUUGUAAAGUGAAUGGCUUUCAAAAGUGGGUCCAUUGUGCUGCAGGAGAGACAAAAAUCUCUUUGGUUUUCAUUGUGUUACAGACAAACUUUCAAAAAAGGUCAUUUUUAUAAGUAAAAUGAUCUCAGUUGGUAGUCAAUAUCUUGUUGCAACAGCUUCUGUUUGUACUGAUUUAAAAGCUGUUCUGACAUAGGCAGACUUUUUAUGAUCAACACAUACAAUAUGAAUAGAACAAUGUGUUUUUACUUGGAUCAUGUGGAUGUGAAUGCAUUUGAUAGUUUGCAUAUUGUAUGCCCCUGUUUUGUCCAAGGUACUUCAUCAAACAUGAUAAGAAAUGAAAAAAAAAUGUUGUAACAAUGGUCUGAAGAUAAUCUCAAUUGUUGCACUGUGUGUGAAUAUAUUGUGGUAUUCACAUGUACAUUGUGUAUCAGGGAGUUAUGUUGCCCUAUUCCUUUAUCUGUGGCAUUUUAUUUGAUGGUUGACCAUUUCCCCCUUUGAACGGUUUUUUAAAAAAGAAUGUUUUACAUUUUGCUAGAAGAUGGGAUGAAAAUGUUAUAUUUAUUAAAACAAAAAUCCUGUGCAGAUUGUCGUGUAUUACAAACAAUCGUAUCAAGUAAUCUCAUUUCACUCCAAUACAUGUAACAUUUGUAUUCAAUAUCAUGUGAUCAUGUGCCACAGUAAUCUUCUGAGUGAAUCGAAAGUCUUGCUUUACCACAUUUGUAGAACAAAUAAAUAAAAAUAUAUGCUACUUAAGAAUAUUAUUGAUAUAACAAUAACAGUGGUGGCUCAAUCAUUUCAAUGGGAAAUUGUGAAUUUUACAGAUACUGAUUUUUUUUAAGUAAUAAAUUCUUAAAAUUAGAACAUUUCCAUUGAGUGGCAGCAACAAAACUGAAAAGCAGUGUACCCUAUCUUCCUAAUUCUAUACACUAUGAAUACCAGGAAUGCUAUGAAGUAAUAUAAUUUGUUAAGAUUCCAAAAUUAUUUUUUGUAUUCGCCCAUUGAAAAGAUCAAGUCAUUACCAUAAUCAACAUGUCACAGGAAAGUUCGUGACUUUAAAGGCUUAAAAAUGUAAAAAUGUGCCAGAAUUAAAAAAAUCAGAUCAUGUGCUAUGGGAAAUCCAUGCUUUUUGGCAACAAUUGUAUAUUAUAUGCCAUUGAGUAAAUUUUUGUGUAAUAAAUCAUGUGGAGUAUAAGUGUAUGAAUAAAAUUACU